AUGCACAGACGUUCGUCUGGCUCCCCUGUCGCGGACGACACUGAAGAUUCCUCGGCUCGGUCAGACGAUCAUGGCUCCAAUGCCAUCGAUGCUCCCAACGAUAAAACGCGGUCGCAGAUAGCUCGUCACGGUACCAGUUUUGAUCUUCGCCGAGAUAACGGUAGCUCGACUCCGCGCUCGCGGAACUCGAGCCUGUGGCGCACACCUUCGUCUCAACCAUCCAACGAUACUAAACCCAUGCCAUUGGGCUCUCCGCGGCUUCCGAUGGAGGCACCUUCUCCCGAGGGCCGUCGUGCGCGCCAAUCCCGACAGCGCAGUCCAUGGUCAUCUUCUAUCCUCACGGUCUGCACCACCUUCGUCGCCAUCGCGUUCUUGCUGUCAAUCGUUCGCUCGUUUGUUGGCCGGCAUACCGGAGGGGAUGGUUGUGGAGUACCGAUGAUGAGCCCGACAUUCAUUCGCAUGGUGGAAUUCGAUACAGAGCAUACACGGUUCGCGAGCAAGUAUAACCUGUUCCUCUAUCGGGAGGAGGGUGUGGAUCCAUAUACUCAGGAUAACAUUGGGUUAAACGGUGUACCGGUUCUCUUCCUUCCCGGAAACGCGGGCAGUUACCGACAGGUCCGAUCACUAGCCGCAGAGGCGUCGCGGCAUUACUACGACGUGGUACGGCACGAUGAGGAGCGACAUGCGGCCGGUACACGGAGCCUGGAUUUCUUCAUGGUGGAUUUCAAUGAGGAUAUGGCCGCAUUUCACGGACAGACCUUAUUGGACCAGGCGGAAUACGUGAAUGAGGCGAUUGCAUACAUCCUCUCUCUCUACCAUGACCCGCAACGGACUCGGCGGGACCCCGGAUUGCCAGACCCCAGUGCCGUGAUCUUGAUCGGACACUCGAUGGGUGGCAUUGUAGCACGCACCGUUUUGACGAUGGCCAACUACCAGGCCAACUCAAUCAAUACGAUCAUCACCAUGUCUGCACCACAUGCAAGACCCCCGGUAUCAUUCGACUCUGAUAUCGUUCAUACCUACAAACAAAUCAACGACUACUGGCGCGAGGCCUACUCGCAGACAUGGGCCAACAACAAUCCGCUAUGGCAUGUUACUUUGGUUUCCAUCGCGGGUGGCUCGCGCGAUACCGUAGUCCCGUCUGAUUACACCAGUAUAUCGUCCCUUGUCCCGGAAACGCACGGAUUUACCGUGUUCACAUCCUCAAUUCCCAACGUGUGGAUUGGCAAUGACCAUUUGUCUAUCACUUGGUGUGACCAAUUCCGCAAGGCAAUCAUCAAGUCGCUUUUUGAGAUCAUCGAUGCCCGACGUCCGACUCAAACAAAACCCCGAGCAGAGCGCAUGCGAGAGCUAAAGCGGUGGUACUUGACAGGCUUGGAGGAUGUUUCUGAGAGAACGCUUGCCCAGAAAGAACCCAACACUCUUUUAACCCUCGAAGAUAAUGCAAACACCAUUCUUGCCCUAGGCCAACGACUUAUCCUACGUGAAGUGGGCCAACGACAUGGGCCCGAUGUUCGUCUUCUGCCAAUUCCUCCCCAAGGUGUUGCAGGCAAGAAGUUUACCCUUCUCACUGAUCAAGUCAUUGGUACUCAGGGCAACAUCGAAGUGCUCUUUUGCAGCGUGUUCCCCUUGAACAAUGGACGUUCGACCGUCUUUUCCAUGAACAUGGAAUACUCCGGUGGAACUGCGGGAUCUACUAGGUUGGCUUGCAAGAGUGCACAAGCUGAUGUCAUUCAUUUGCCUGCUUCUACCCCUUCGUCAAAGCACGCUUAUGAUCAUGUUCCACCAUUCUCCUACCUCCAGUAUGAUCUGGAGGGUCUUGCAGAACAUCAGUUUGUAGCUGUUGUGGAUAAGGCCAGCGUGCCUGCACAAGGGUUCCUAGUCGCAGAGUUUUCAGAUAGCUCAGACUCGAUGAUUCGCGCCAAGGUGGGAUUGGGUAGCUUGCUGGGUGCAGGCAUCAAGAUGCGGCUGCCUGCUAAUCGGCCCAUGGUCACUGAGAUCAAGAUACCAGCUUUGUACUCUAGCCUGCUGGACUACCGUCUUAAAAUCACACGACAUCCUCAAAAAGACGAGCUCUUUGCUCCACUUCUGAGGCAGUCCAUCGCGGAUCCUCACGAAUCUAAAUUCUUCGUGAAUGUCGACCAUGUGAAUGUCAAUCUUCACGGUGCUGCCCCGUUCAUGCCGCCUCCGCUCCGCGACCAAGCAGCCCAGGCCGGCGUGUCGUUCCAACUGUGGACUGACCCAAGCUCUGGAUCGACUGUCGACUUCUCUCUUCAGGUUGACAUUAAGAGCAGUCUGGGCGAGCUCGUGAUGCGAUACCGCACCAUCUUUGCAGCAUUCCCAUUACUGGUCGUAGCCCUUGUGCUCCGCAAGCAAUUCCAGGUCUACGAUGAGACGGGCUAUUUUAUACCCUUCAACGAUGGACUUGAUCGAGCUCUGCGGUCGUCUCUUCCCCUCUUGUUGGUAGCGAUGUCGCUUUUGGCGUCUUCCCUGGCUACCUCUAAGGCGCUCCCUCAGUCCGAUGAUCCAUUCCAUUGGCGGACCAACUCUACGGAAACUCCGGCCGAUUUCACCAAAAACGAUCUGCUUCUGGGGUCGCAAGAUGCCUUCUUUUGGUUCCUUGUUCCGAUAUUUGGAGUCAUCAGCGUCGGUGCUUGUUUAUUGGUUAAUUACGUGGCUCUCUUCUUGGUCAACAUCUUCUCUUUGGCGUAUGGGGCUGUGAACAGCAAGUCGGGCUAUAUCCGACGCGAAGACCGAGGAACUCUCCCGAUCUUCAGCGCCCCUACUCCUCGACGGCGUGUAAUCCAUACUAUAAUAUUGCUGAUCCUCGUCUCCACGAUCAUUCCCUAUCAAUUUGCCUAUAUGGUAGCUUGUAUUGUACAGCUUGCGACGUGUGUGCGUGCCCAGUGGCAUGUCAAGGAGACCAGAUCCGCUUCUCACCUCAAUUUCGGCAAUUACGCCCACUCUAUCCUCAUCCUCAUGUUGUGGAUUUUGCCCAUCAAUGUUCUGGUUCUUCUGGUCUGGGCCCACAAUCUUGUGGUGCACUGGUUCAUGCCCUUCUCCUCCCACCACAAUGUCCUAUCUGUCAUGCCAUUCCUCCUCCUGGUUGAGACCAUGACUAGUGGCGCUAUGAUUCCACGCAUUACUACUCGGUUCAAACACGUCACCUCGAUUAUCUUCUUUGCAAUUGCCAUGUAUUCGGCGGUGUACGGUGUCACCUAUGCAUACCUCCUCCACCACCUUGCGAACCUCCUCGCAGCCUGGUUUGUCGGUAUUUACCUAUUCGGCAAUAAUUUUUCCCCGCGUCGCCUGUGGCGCAUCAUUGAUGGCGACGAGCUUCCCUCCGAAUCAGGAAGCCGCCACGUCAAGAAGAAGCCAUGA